AUGAUUCAGAUUCAACAAGACCAUGCAGUUGCGGACGAAACGAAAAAAAUCGUAGCCCGGGAUGAAGCCGCUGCUUCGAAAAAGGCAACAGAAACCCAAGCUCUCAAGGACGAUGCGCAACGGGAUUUGGACGAAGCACUUCCAGCACUCGAAGAGGCUGUGGAAUGCGUUAAAAAGCUGAAGUCAGACCACAUAAGAGAAGUUAAGGCCUUAUCGAAACCUCCAUCGGGUGUUAUUCUUACAAUGGAAGCGGUGUGCAUCAUGUUUGGGGUGCCUCCAGUGAAGAAACAUGACCCUUCGAGGCCUGGAUUAAAGAUUGAGGACUACUGGGAAUCUGCUCAACACAAGCUCCUGAAGGACCCAAAAAAACUUCUGGAAGACCUUCUAAAGUAUGACAAGGACAAUAUUCCGGAAUCCAUAAUAGCAACUAUCGGCCCCUAUAUUGAAAGAACCGACUUUGACCCGACAGCCAUCCGCAAGGCAUCCGUUGCAUGCGAGGCCAUUUGUAUGUGGGUUCGAGCGAUGUUUAAAUACUACCACGUUGCAAAGACUGUGGAGCCGAAGCGUGCAAAACUGCAGCAGGCAGAAGCAGAAUUGCUGGCAACCACAGAUAAUCUCAACAAGACCAAGGCUAGGCUCAGAGAGGUGGAGGAUAAAAUAGAGCGCCUCGCUGCUGAUUUUGCCCUUGCUGUAGAAAAAAAGGAACAACUGACCAAGGAGAUUCAAAGCUGCCAGAAGAAAAUACAGAGGGCAGCACCCCUUCUGCUAGGCCUUGCUGACGAAAAGCACCGCUGGGGAGAGCAGGCAUGCCUCUCUAAGGAACUCUAUAGUUAUAUAUCAGGCCAUGCCCUCAUCAGUGCAGGGAUGCUAACAUAUGCUGGACCGUUUACAGCGGCAUAUCGUGGAGAACUGGAGGCCCAGUGGUCUGAGUUGCUGCGUCUGCACCAACUGCCCUUCCAGCCAUCUUGUGGACUCAAGCAGUUUCUCGGCGACCCUGUAACUAUUCGACAGUGGACCCUAUGGGGGUUGCCAAAUGAUGAGUUAUCUAUUCAAAAUGGCAUAAUUAUGGAUCGAACGAGGCGGUGGUCCUUCAUGAUUGACCCUCAGGCAAACCGUUUUAUUAAGCGAAAUGGCAAGGCCACUGAGACUGGCUUCGAGGUAUUGAAGUUAUCCGAUGCUACUUUCACGAGGGAGAUUGAACUUUCCAUUCAACUUGGGAAAUGGGUCCUCAUUGAAAACGUUUCAGAGACUUUAGAUCCAGUACUCGACCCAAUUCUUCUGCAACAAAAGACGAAGAGUGGUUCAGGUCUGGAAGACCAAAUGCUCGGCCUUGUAGUGACGAAAGAAGCCCCCCAGCUGGAAGAGCGAAAAGCUGCGUUGGCACAGAGUAAUGCCGAUAUGCGCCGUGAGCUACAAGACCUCCAAGACAAAAUCCUUCAGGUUAUGUCACAGUCGCAAGGGAACAUCUUGGAUGAUGAAGUCCUUCUGAAUACCCUGUCCGCAUCCAAGCAGACGUCUGAGGAAAUCCAAGAAAAGGUUCAGGAGGCAGAAUUGACCGAGCGCGAGAUUGACGAAGCACGGCAGUGCUACAGAAAAGUAGCAGCCCGCUGCAGCCAACUUUUCUUCAGCCUGGUCGAAUUGGCUUGCGUUGAGCCUAUGUAUCAGUAUUCCCAGCAGUGGUUCCAAAACUUAGUCUCCAUUGGCAUCAGCGAGCUUGCGAGUAAGGCCCGCUUCAUCCAUAAAGUAAUAGUCAUGCGAUAA